GCCAUAAUAAUGGAUUUGAAUAUACGUGUAAAUGAGGAAGGAAGCUGGGAGUUGAGAAGCAAGCGGCUAGAAAUAUUGAAGGCCAAAGAAACACCAGAAUUCUUGGAACAUUCCAUACAAUUACCCAAUCAUCGCUAUAUUGAUCCAGAGUUGGAUAAAGCUUUAAAGGAAGGAAAUGCAGACAAUUUCAUUGAUGCGUUAGAACAAGUUUCAGAAAAACUAUCCCUAUCAGCUAUAUUAAAUCAAGCAGGACCAGCAGGGGAUACUUUACUGCAUAUAGCUGCAAGAUUCCACAAAGAAGAGAUUGUUCAACUCAUUGCCUACCAUUUUUCUUCUAUUAUUUCGAGGAGGAACGUCAUUGGCAAUACUGUUCUUCACGUUGCUGCUAAAGCCGGAAUGCUUAAUACAGUUGAAGUUCUUGUGUGCUGUGCAAAAGAUUUCCCUGGAGCAGAUAUUUCAGAUCCAGCGGUGUGGUAUUGUCAGAAUACGGUAGGUUGGUCUCCACUUUAUAUGGCUGUCAGAGUGAACGAUAUGCAAAUGCUUCGGUUAUUGUUGCGAGCUCCAAUAGAGGAUCGUGAUGCGCUAACUAGACUUGAAGGAAACUCGCCGGCUCAUGCUGCCGUUCUGGUUGAGAAUAUAGAUAUGUUAAAGGAGAUGGCAACGAUGAAUCCUGAACUUAUACGAUUAAAGGAUGGAAGAGGACGUAACGUGCUUCAUUUGGCAGCGUAUGGAGGUGACGGUGAAGCAGUUAGGUUCAUUUCAAGCCAGUUUAGAUGGAGCAUGUUUGAAAUGGAUAAUAAGGGCUUCCUUCCCAUUCACAUUGCAAGCAAGAAAGGGUAUGUUGAGAUAGUCAAGGAGCUAUUCAACAAGUGGCCAUAUCCAAAAGAGUUACUCAACAGAGAAGGUCAAAGCAUUCUUCAUGUUGCUGCUAAGAGUGGAAGAAACAACGUAGUGAAAUACAUACUGAAAACUCCUAUACUAAAGAAAAAGCUUUUGAAUACGACAGACAUAAAUGGAAAUACUCCAUUGCAUUUGGCUGCAAUGCACUCUCAUCCUGCAGUUGUGCUUACUCUAACAUGGCAAAAUGAAAUAGAGAUAAACCUUCUCAACAAUGAAAGCUUGACGCCUUUUGAUGUCAGUCCAAAAUUCUUCAGCAAAGCGCCAAGAGGACAAUAUGUAUGUUUUACUGUUACUUUCUCCCUAUUUCUCUGUGUUUUUAAUUUAACAAAUUCUGCUUUGUGGUCUGCUGGUGCUCUCCCAAGUUUCGAUGCAAAGAUUCAAAAGCAAAAGGAAAAGACUUCCAAAAGUAGAAAGGCACCUGAAAUUGAAUGGGUUAAAGAAAGGGUUGGCAUGCUCCUAAUGAAAGAAACACUUGUUGCCACAGCCACCUUUGCUGCUACUUUUACUGUUCCGGGUGGAUUUAACAGCUCUGAAAAUCCAGAGAAAGGAAUUGCAACCAUGUUAAAUAAUCGUAUGUUUCUUCUAUUUGUGGUGUGCAACACUAUAGCUUUUUAUAGCUCCAUCAUCAGCAUUUUCUCCAUGCUAUGGACGACGACAAGUGAUUAUUUUGUGGUGUGUAGAGCUUACUCCUUCUCGCAAAAUCUUUUCGUGUUUGCUCUUGGGAUGAUGUCCCUGGCAUUCAUGGCUGCAAUACAUGUAGCAGUAAGCAAAGUUUCUUGGCUCGCCUACUAUACUGUGAUCUUAGGAAUAAUCUCUCUUGCCAUUUUGGUGUUGAUGUUCACAGCAUUUGAAUUUCCACUCGGACACAGCCCACGAUUUAUGCGUUGUAUUUCCUAUUACAUUUCUUAUGCAAUCAUUCCUCUAUUAGGAGACUAUGAUGAACUUCCUAUUGACAAGGCAGAAGAAUCUGAGCAUAACGAGCAAGAAAAGUUGAGAAAAGAUGAGCAACAAGAAUCUCUAUCAGAAGAGAAAAUGAGAAACUAGAUAUGCAAAUGCAACGCAGAAGGUAUGCAAGCUAGCUGAUAACAAGCAUCCUGUUGUUUUCGUUAAUGAGAUUUGUAGAAAAUCAAGGGCUCAGUCAUCCAACAUGACCAUUCUUAAGAAGCAUGUUCUUGGUGCUUUGAAAUCUGUUUCUUUCCAUGGAAUACCAUGCUUUGUUCUUGAGGAUGCUUCUUUCUCCGAAGUUUUUUGUGCUCUCUGGAGAUGCAUCAGCGUGCUGUUUGACUUUCCUUGCAAUCUUUCGUUUUUAGGUAGUUGUGGUUUUUAGUAAGCUUUGAUCUUUAUUGUUUUGGUACCUAGUCUUUUAGAGUUUUUGCUCUUUUGCCUCACUGGAUUUCUUCAUCCCGGUCUGGUCCAGGCCCACAAGUCUCCCGCGUGAACCAGGUCCAGUCCGUUCUGCCUUGAGACUGAGCUCCAUCUAAAUUUCUCAA